UCCAUGAUGACAAUUAAUUUUCAUCGGGUUUCCUAACCGCUUCCCGCAUUGAGAGCCCGUGUGCGUCUGCGCCACAGGCAGCAAUCUGCUGGCUCAUGUCGGGGCUUCAUUUUCUCAAGCUGAUUCACGAACAAUUAUACAGUUCAGUUGUCCGUUGGGCGGAAUCCUCCAGGAGCUUGACAGGGAAAGUGUGGCGUUUGCUGAAACCAUAGGCGUGGUUUUGGAUGAAGAUGCUCUGUCUGCUCCCGCUGGGACUCCACCUGCCCUCACAGCGCGUCCUGAGCUUGAGACACUUCGGAGCGUAUUUUGUCAGAUUAGAUUUUUUGUCAUAGAAGAUACAGAAUUUUUGUCUGUGUGUAGUGUAAUUACAGCUCUGUGGACGUACGGGGAACCCGGUUUGAUCACCUCCAGAGCAGCAGUGGCGGCGCACGGCACUUGGCGGAGAUAAACUAGAGCGGACAGCGCGUCGCUUGGCCUCCAGGCAUCAGCAACAGCAGAAAAAGAACCACAGCGGAGACCCUGGUUCAUGUGUAGGGCUGUUCGACGAGCAUGUCGUGCCCGCAGUGGUUGGCAAGAAUGGAGAUUACACGCAAGAUGCCCAAAAGAUCGCAGUGGCUUGGCUUGCUUGUGGUGGCCACUGUUUUACUUGUAGUGGACGGCAAGAAAGCCAAGCAGCCUCGCUGUCCCUCAUUGUGUACAUGUACCAAAGAUACCGCGUUGUGCGAAAGCGCAGGACUGAUCCCUCGCAGCUUUCCUUAUGAUGUCAUAUCACUGUCGUUCGUGAAGUCUGAAUUCACUGAAAUCCCGAAAGAGAGCUUCAUCCAUACGCCUGCACUGCAUCUGCUCCUCUUUACAGCCAACAAUCUGCAAUCUAUAAAUGAUGAUGCUUUCCUUGGUCUUCCUCAUCUGGAGUAUCUAUUCAUUGAAAACAACCAAAUCAAAUCAAUAUCACCAUAUGCUUUCCGUGGCCUAAAGACCUUAGUGCAUUUGAGUCUGGCCUACAAUAAUCUGGAGACUCUGCCCAAAAAUUUGUUCAAGGGUCUUGAGGCCUUAACAAAGGUAGACUUACGGGGGAACCAGUUUAACUGUGACUGUAAACUGAAGUGGCUGGUGGAGUGGAUAUACAACACCAAUGCCACAGUGGAUCAGAUUUACUGUAAAGGCCCUGCAUCACAGCUGGACAAGAAGAUCAAUGAUCUGGUGCCACAGUCCUUUGACUGCAUCACCACAGAGUUUGCUUCCUAUCAGUCCCUGAAGUUUGAAUCCAUAUCGGUGGAGGCAUUUUCCUUUGAAAAUGACCAGUAUGUGGUGUUUGCUCAGCCCUUCAUGGGGAAAUGCAGCUUUCUAGAGUGGGAUCACGUAGAGAUGGUCUUCAGAAACUUCGAUGAUAUUGACAGCACAUCCACGGUGAUUUGUAAACCGCUAGUCAUUGACAACCAGCUCUUUAUCAUUGUGGCUCAGCUCUUUGGUGGCUCACACAUCUAUAAACGUGACACCUCGGCCAACAAAUUCAUCAAGCUUCAAGGCAUUGACAUAGUCAAAAUCCGCAAACCAAACGAUGUCGAGACUUUCCGCAUCGAUGGAGAAUCCUUCUUUGUCAUCGCAGAUAGCUCCAAGGCUGGGUCCACCACUAUCUACAAGUGGAACGGUAAUGGGUUCUAUUCCCACCAGUCGCUCCACCCAUGGUACCGGGACACUGAUGUGGAAUACAUGGAGAUCUCCUCCAAACCUCAUCUGAUCCUGUCCAGUAGCUCCCAGAGGCCAGUCAUCUACCAGUGGAACAAAGGCACCAAGCUGUUUGAGAGACGCACCGACAUCCCAGAGAUGGAGGACGUCUACUCUGUGAAGCAUUUCCAGGUCAAAUCCGACCUCUUCAUCUGCCUGACACGCUUCAUUGGUGACUCCAAAGUCAUGCGCUGGGACGGGGCCCUCUUUAGAGAAUUGCAGACCAUGCCCUCUCGUGGCUCCAUGGUAUUCCAGCCAUUUUCUGUGGGGAGCUGGCAAUAUGCCAUCCUGGGCAGUGAUUAUUCUUUCACCCAGGUGUACCGCUGGGAUGCCAAGAAGGGUGAGUUUGUCCAUUUUCAAGAGCUGAACAUCCAAGCUCCGAGGGCCUUCUCUCCAGUCUCUAUAGAUAACCGGCAGUUCCUACUGGCCUCCAGUUUCAAAGGAAAAACUCAGAUCUAUGAGCAUCUGGUCAUUGAUCUUAGCAAUUAAGCAACUGUUUGUUUUUUUGUCUGAUUGAUUGUUUGGUUAUUAUUAGUGGUUUUUGUGGUUAAAGAAUGGUUGCAACACUAACAGUGAUCAUCAUUUGAUCCUAACUUGAGAAAGGCAGGCAUUACUUGUAUUUAUUUUUUUAAACCUUCAGUUGAAAUCUGUGCAUGGUAAAUGUAAAAGAUAAGCAUGUAUCUCAACCGAAUAUAUUUGGCUGAGAUGCACGUUGUGUUUAACGCAUGCAUCUCAAGUUAGGAUUAGACCCAAAAUGUCAUCAAGGCAUUAACGCAUGACCAGGACCUCACACAUCUUGAUGAAUGCAACAUCUAUGCUCAUUAAUCCAUUGACCCUAGCAUUGGCCAGUUGGUUAUCUUUUUGUGUUUUGUGUUUUGCGACAACAUUUGUACAUUUGUAAUCAUAUAUUUAUCUACAGAAGUUAAUAUUGAAGUGGUACUUUUUAACCUAGUAACAUGUCUAAAUGAGCAAAUCUGCCAAAAAUGUUUACAUUUUUCUCUUUCCAAUUGUAUGCUAAAAAAUUUGUAAAUGAUGCUUUUGUAAGUUUAAGAGGGAUCACACAGUUAGAUACAGAUUUGUUAUGGAGAAUGAUUUUAUGACCUAUCUUUAGAAUUUAAAAAUUAUCAACAGGAACAUUGUGUGAGAAUCUACCUGUACUGUAUAUCCUUACAACUAAUAUUUUUAUUGUUAAUGGUUUACAUAAUGUUUAAGUACUGAAAUACAGUUUUUCAUAUGAAAUAUGGGAAACAUUUUGGGCACACUUGGAACUAUUUUCACAUCCUAAAAGAAACUGAAAAUACUAUUCCUAAUGAUUUACCUUGGACUAACAUGUAUACAAAAAUAGAUCAACUGUGUCAUGAUUAGUAUUAAGUUACUGACUACUAUCAUGAUAUCUAGAGUCAAUAAAGGUUUACAUAAUUAACUGUUCCCAUCUGAGCUCCCUGCUGGCACUGUGUAGCAUGACAUGGCUUCAGUGUAAAACACAAUCACCUGCUCCUCAAAACAAACUAUAUCUAACACUUAUCUACUUCAUCACCUGAGGUGAAUUGUCAUUUUGAUGU